ACAUGGCCAUAUGUGUGUGUGUAUAUAUAUACACACAUAGAUACAUAUAUAGGUGGUGUUUUCGUCUACCUUUGAAACACACAGUACACACAGUACAUAACCCCAAUGAGGGGCACUAAUAACAAUAAUAUUGAAGGGCUGUACAGAGUCACCAAAAAACCUUAUUCAUCAUGCAUUGAUUUCUUUGCUUUUUUUUCUUUAUCUCUUCUUCUCUUCUUCACUCUCUUCACAUAUUAUGGAUCCAACCAUUUCUCUUCUCCUCAUCAUUUCUUCUCAUCUUCCCCCUGGGCCUGGACCCCUUCUUCCUCCUCCUUCUUUUCUCUCUUCUCCUCCUUCCGCCGCCCUCCGACGCCGCCGCCGCCGCCGUCCAUGAACCCUAAGAUGGCCAUGUACCCUACAUUCAGUGUAUAAAAUGCGAAAAUGCAAAAGGCAGUGGCACAUUUGGUGGAGGAGUUGAAUCAGAAAAGUAUCAUAUCAAGAAGAGAUGAUAAAAAGAUGGAAAGGAUCGAAGCCGGUCUUAGCAAGGCCAGAGCGUUCAUUAAAGACGCGAUUCUCAAAAGUCGCUAUUCACCUCCACUUGCGCAGGACACAGAUUAUGUUCCUCGAGGAGAUAUCUAUAGGAACGCUUAUGUCUUUCAAAGGAGUUAUAUGCUAAUGGAAAAGAUGUUCAAGAUAUAUGUCUAUGAAGAAGGGGAAGCCCCUUUGUUCCACUAUGGUCCAUCCAAGGACAUAUACUCCACAGAAGGCAUUUUUCUUGGGUUAAUUGAGUCCAACACACAGUUCAGAACGUAUGAUGCUGACGAAGCUCAUGUUUAUUUCCUCCCUUUCAGUGUUGUAAUGAUCUUACAACACUUGUUUGACCCCGUCACACGUGACAAGGGCGUUCUUGAACGUGUCGUGGGCGAUUAUGUCCAUAUAGUAUCCACCAAGUAUCCGUACUGGAACAGAAGUCUUGGAGCCGAUCACUUCAUGCUCUCAUGCCACGACUGGGGGCCCCGAGCAACAUGGUACGAACACCACCUAUACUUCACCUCCAUGCGAGUGUUGUGUAAUGCCAAUACCUCGGAGUUCUUCAACCCUAGAAAAGAUAUAUCAUUUCCAGAGAUUAAUCUCCGAACAGGAGAUCUCACUGGACUGACAUCGGGAUCCUCAAACCGCACAAUUCUUGCAUUCUUCGCGGGACGAUUACACGGCCGCAUCAGGCCGGUGCUCUUCCAACACUGGAAAGACAAAGACUCGGACGUUAAAGUGUACGAAAGACUACCCGAAAAUUCUCCCUUGUCCUACAAGGAAAUGAUGGAGAGGAGCAAGUAUUGUUUGUGCCCGAGUGGGUACGAGGUGGCGAGUCCUAGGAUUGUGGAGGCUAUAUACGCGGAGUGCGUGCCGGUCUUGAUAUCUGAGAAUUAUGUGUUGCCAUUCAGUGAUGUCCUAGAUUGGGAUAAGUUCUCGAUCAAAGUGUCAGUGAGGGAGUUGCCAGAGCUGAAGAGGAUUUUGAUGGGAAUAGGAGAGGAUGAGUACAAAGCGUUGCAUAGGGGGGUGAGACAAGUUCAACGACACUUUGUGGUGAACGAUCCUCCUAAGAGAUACGAUGUGUUCCAUAUGAUGAUUCACUCUCUUUGGUUGAGAAGGUUGAAUCUUAGAAUCAAUGCUUGACGACGAUUUUUGUCUAGGAAUAGGUAUAGCGUCAUUUUUUAGAUUUGAUCUAAUUACGUAUAGACUCCUCCCUCAGAUUUAAGAAAUCACAUUUUCUACCUUCCUAGACAUUAAACGGCUGUUGAAAGACCCUAACGGUCUAGAUGUACUGACUCAUUUGCCCUUCAUUAUAAAUUAAACAAAACCCCUUGAGGUUUUUAAAUAUUA